GUUAGACUUCCGAACCUUUCUUAAACUACCUGGUAUCGUAAGAAUUCCUCUGAGGCUGUGUUGCAACUUGUUCUGGCUGGGCAAGGAUAAGGGAAGUCUGCAGCGGUGAGGACUCGGAGAGACAGAAAACGGAGGAGCACUACGGAAUAACUGAGCCGAACGAGAAAAAAACAGAAGUCCUGCAAACAGAAUCAAUGGGCGUAGCUUUUAAAAGAUAACCAGGUGAAGAGGGGGAGUGGAAGAAGAAGAAAGGGGAGUGAUGAAGGUAGGAGAAGGAAUUAUUCAGGGAAUGAAUUAUUUUCGCCUACUGGGGCCCAAAAAUAUAGGAAAAAGGAAGGAUUAAAAGUUGGAGCAGAAUAGGUACCUAGGAAAGGAGGAUAUGAAAAGGUUGCAGAAGAAAAAGGACUCUGGAUGUAGUGGGAAGAAACAACUGUGGAGUCGGAGAAGGUGAAGAAGAAAUAAAUAGACAGGGUAGGGCUGUGGGAAGGUGUGGAGGCUCUUUGUUAGCCAACUUCCCCGUUUCUCCAACAUGGCGGCCCCGACAACAGUAGAACAUUUCGCGGAAGAUCUGCGUUGCUCCAUUUGCCUGGAGCUGUUUUUGAAUCCCGUCAUGCUGGAAUGUGGACAUAACUAUUGCCAAGCCUGCAUUGCCCGAUAUUGGGCGGAGACCCCCUCCCAUGGCAGAGAGCACGUGCCGCCCCCCACCUGCCCGGAGUGUCGGCGUGAGAUCCCAGGGGGCAAGUUCACGGCUAAUCGGGUGCUGGGCCAGCUGGCGCAGAAGGCCAUGGAGUCUCUCUCUGCUCAUGCCAGCGAUGAGGAUGCCGAGCCUGGGGAGAAUGGCGGCGACGAGGAGAUACAAGGAGAGAAGCUAUUUUGCGCUGAGGAUGGCUGCCUUGUGAGGGCUUUGCAUCUAGACCACUGGGGACACCAGUGCCUUCCUCUGGAGGAAGCGGUGGAGUGUUACAAGGGUCUCUUAACAGCUUCUCAAACCGAGCUGGAAGCCAAAGUCCAGGCUGCAAAAGCCCUACAAGAGCAAAGUGCCCAGAAAGUUCCAGAAAUUACAGCUCAACGGCUCCGACUGGAGCAGCACCUCUCAACCCAAUUCGCCGAGCUUCACCAAUGGCUCCUGGAGAAGGAGGCGGCCAUGAGAAGGGACAUCCGCCAUGAGGAAGAGCUCCUCCUUAGCGAACUAGAGACGAACCACCGCAACAGGCAAGAGCAAAUGCGCUUGGCUGAGGAACAACUGGUGAAGAUCAAAGCUCGGCUGGAGGAGCAGCAAGACCCUGAGAUAUUCCUUAAGGACAUUAAAGCCUUCACGGAGAAAUACUGUCUCAGUGCGGAAAAGUGGCCAACUUUGCCUCCAGUUUCCCGUGGUUUCAACUUGGGGCAGUAUAAGGGCCCAAUUCAAUACAUUGUCUGGAGAGAUAUGUUGCCAUAUCUGAGACCUUCUCCCUGUCUUAUAACCUUGGAUCCUGCCACCAACCACCCUAACCUUGUCCUCUCAAAGGAUCUUGAUAGUGUAUAUCUGGAGGACAAUCCUGAGGAGGAAGUCCCUGAUGGGCCCGAGAGGUUCAGCAAGUCUGUGUGUGUGCUGGGUGCCCAAGAGUUUACCUCAGGACGUCAUUAUUGGGAAGUAGAAGUGGGGGAUAAAACCAGCUGGGACAUUGGUGUGGCCAAAGAGUCAGUCAACAGGAAGGAAGCCAAAGUGACGCUCAAGCCCAGCAAUGGAUUCUGGGCCAUCUGGCUGCGGAAUGGCAACGAAUACAAGGCUCUUGAUUCUCCUUCCAAGCAGCUGUCUCUCAAGGUCAAACCUCAGAAAGUGGGCGUGUACCUAGAUUAUGAAGGGGGACAGGUCUCCUUCUAUGACGCUGACCUCAUGGACCACAUCUACACCUUUUCAGACAUCUUCACUGAGUGUCUCUAUCCCAUGUUCAGCCCGGGGGUCAACAAAGAUGGACUCAAUGGUGAACCUUUGCGCCUUCUACUACCUUGGACAUAG